ACAAAAUUGAUCGAUUCUGCACACCGGCUUGGCUGCAGUUAGCAGACAUGAGUGAGGGUCCUAGGCGUCUCCUGAUCAAGGGAGGGACUGUGGUGAAUGCAGACCGAAAGUUCAGAGCAGAUGUCUACUGUGAAGACGGCAUUAUCAGGAAGGUGGGCUGCGACCUGGAAGGUGUAUCCAGCGAUGCUAAAGUGGUGGACGCCACAGGGAAACUAGUCAUGCCAGGAGGGAUAGACACCCAUACUCACAUGCAGCUCCCAUUCUUUGGCACCACUGCUGCUGACGACUUCUACCAUGGCACCAGAGCUGCUCUGGCAGGAGGAACCACCAUGAUUAUUGACUUUGUUCUGGGAGGCAAGAACCAGUCCCUGCUGAAGAUGUAUGAGCAGUGGCGAGGCUGGGCCGACCCUAAGGUCUGCUGCGACUACUCCUUCCACGUGGGAGUGACUUGGUGGGGGGAGGAGGUCUACCAAGAUAUGGCCACUCUUGUUUCCGACAAAGGUGUGAACUCCUUCAAGAUGUUUCUGGCCUACAAAGACCUCUUUAUGCUGCGGGACGAUGAGCUGAUGAAGGCCUUCAUGAGAUGCAAGGAGCUGGGUGCUCUGGCACAGGUCCAUGCUGAGAAUGGAGAUCUCAUUGCAGCUCAAUCAGAGAAGAUGAUAAAACUUGGAAUCACGGGACCUGAGGGUCACGAGAUGUGUCGACCUGAGGAAGUUGAGGGAGAGGCGACUGCCAGAGCCAUCACUAUUGCCAGCCAGGUCAACUGCCCCAUCUACAUUGUGCAUGUCAUGAGUAAGAGUGCAGCUCAAGCUGUCAUGAGGGGCAAAGAGAAAGGUCACGUGGUGUUUGGAGAGCCGAUUGCUGCCUGCCUGGGUACCGACGGAACCAACUACUGGCACAAGUGUUGGAGACACGCAGCGGGCUAUGUGAUGGGACCUCCACUGAGACCUGAUCCCAGCACCCCUCGCUACCUCAUGACACUCCUCGCCAAUGGGGACCUAGACCUGACUGGAACUGACAACUGUACAUUCAAUGCAGACCAGAAAGCUCUUGGAGCCUCUGACUUCAGGAAGAUACCCAAUGGAGUCAAUGGUGUGGAGGACCGUAUGUCAGUCAUCUGGGAGAAAGGAGUGCAUGCAGGGCUGAUGGACCCCUGUCGUUAUGUGGCUGUAACGAGCACCACUGCUGCCAGAGUCUUCAACAUAUACCCACAGAAGGGAGUGAUUGCAGAAGGUUCAGAUGCUGACAUUGUGGUCUGGGACCCCGAGGCUACUCGCACCAUCUCUGCAAAGACCCAUCAUCAUAAUGUUGACUUCAACAUAUUUGAAGGACUGGAGUGCCAUGGAAUUCCACUGCUGGUCAUCAGUCAAGGCAGAGUUGUAGUCGAUCAUGGGAAGGUGGAGGUAGUUCGAGGCAGUGGACGCUACAUUCCCCGCAAACCCUACUCUGAGGUGGUGUACUCGCGCAUCCUCCAGAGAGACAAGGUCUGGGUGCCUGAGGCAGUGGAGAGAGAGCCCUAUUCUGGACCUGUCAUACAACUACCUCCAGUCCAGUAGAACAACAGUUUUAGAGACAAUGAGAUUUAUUUUGUAGAGAGUAAUACACAUUGUCACAAUUCACGAAAUGUGUAGCGUUCGGUGUGGGUGUUGGGGUGAAGGAAGGCAGGGGUCUGGUGUGUCCAGGGAUAAGGGGGUUUCGGGGAGAGGCCUCCCUGCUCUGAGACUACGGCUCCUGACUCUGGGUCUAUCAGGUUUCCAAAAUCAUCAGUUUCCAUGAACAGGAGACUGCGAGAAUGUACACUGACAGAAUACGAGGAAGUGGGUGUGGUUGUUGGGCGGGGCCAGAUGAGAAGAGUGAAGGAGAGACUGAGAACCAUGAGCAGAGAGCCGGCCUGCAGUUUGCUGGGGCAGAGCCCCGCCACCACAGCCUGGAGUCUCUGCAGCUGCUGGAGCAGAGUCUUGUUCUGACCCUCCAGAGUCUUGACCCUCUGUCUCAGCUGGGUGUUGGUGUGGGUGCAGGUGUCCACCCUUUCCUCCAGCCCCUCCACAUACUCCUUCUUCUUCCUCCGACUCUCCUGGGCCGACAACUUGUUCUUUAUCUUACGACGAACUCCCUUCAAAUGUUUCUGCUCAGUCUUUGUGAGAGGCAUGUCUGUUGGUAGAUCUACUCCUUCUGCACUCAGCAGUCUCUUCUCCUCCUCUGUCAGGACAAGGGUGUGAGCCUUUCUUCCAGAGGAAGACUGCCCAGCUACCUCCACUCCUCUACCAGUUAGUCCCAUGUCAACAUUGAUCCGAACAUCUGCAGAACUAUCUCCUGAGCUGACACUAGUAAUGCUCCCCAGCAGGAUACCCAGUUCAUCAUUAGGCAUCACAUUGGAUGACAUCAUCAUUGCAUCACCAGGACUAGUACUGCCAGGGGAAUUUUCCACAAUAUCUACAGGACUGCCAGAAGAGUAGCUCUGUGGAGUGUUAGUUCUGUUUUCAUCUGCACUGAUAAAGGCAUCGUGGGUGAAAGAAGUGUCAUAGGAAAGAUCAGUGUGAGAAGAAGCGAAGGUAGUGGGAAGCGGUGGGCUGGAUAUCUCAUUGAAGUAGGUAGACCCUGGCUCAAGUAGAGAAGCUAGUAAAUCGUCCUGCAGAAACAAAGACAUGGCUACAGUUCAGUCUCCGUUCAAAGGAGCGAGGUCUGACCCCAGCCCCUCCCAGUAGCUCAGCCAAGACGUCGUCUGGUUCAGUGGGGCGCUCCACCAUCGGUUCAGCGGGUCUCUGGUGGAACAACGGCAGGAGACUGCCCGCAGCCAUCUCCGCACCGCACUAAGACUGGGACGUCUCUGUGGCGUUGGCAGUUUUGGCGUGGUGG